AUGAUUUGGUAUCCAAUCCCACAAGCUCUCCUUACUGAAUCUUCCCAACAGCCUAUUGAGCCUACCUGCUAUACCAUAGCCAUCAAAGAUCCACUAUGGCGUCAAGAAAUGAACAUUGAAUUUGAUGCAUUACUAAAAAAUCAAACAUGGACCCUGGUUCCUCCUAAUUCAGCUUCUAACAUCAUUGGCUCGAAGUGGGUAUUUCGCAUCAAACGACAUGCAGAUGGUACUGUUGAACGCUAUAAAGCACGUCUUGUUGCCAAAGGCUUUCAUCAACAACCAAGUAUUGAUUUUUACGAAACAUUUAGUCCCGUUGUUAACCUUACAACAGUACUUACUGUUCUUUCCUUAGCCAUCUUGGCUGGUUGGCCCAUUCAUCAAAUCGAUAUUCAAAAUGCUUUCUUACAUGGGAAUUUAUUAGAUGAAGUGUAUAUGUCUUAG